AGUGGUGCACCUCCAUGGAAAUCGCGUGUGCUCCGUGUCAACCUCGUAUUAGUUUCAAGACGGAAAACGAACGAUGACUCACGGAUACUGCUUCGUUCUGCGUGGUACGGUUGGUGGCAUAGUGGUAGUCACUGGCACUGGACGGCCUCCCGAGGUCCUCUGGAGGCCAGUGUAGAUCCUCUGGCAGAGAGGAUCCUGAGUCCAAAAUCUGGGCUCAAGAUCGAGCUCACUUCGACUUCUUCGCAGCACCACACGCGUAAGUAUGGCACCGAACGCAAUCGAGAAAAGCCAAGAUCAUCAAGAACAGGAUGUGUUGGUGUACGAUGCCCCAGGGUACUUUGUCAACGACAGCAAAGUACCUCGAUGGAUGCAGAACCUGCUCACCGAUGCAUUCAGCUUCGUGAUUCUGCACUACUUCGUGUGGGGCGUCCCGUUCCUCGCCCUAUUCUACGUUUUUCACAAGUACGACCUCGACUACGUAUCUAUUGCAAUGGUGGUGCUCUAUCUGCCCUCAUUCUUCAGCGGAGCACACAAAACCGGCAAGGGCAACGUGUGGGAAGGUCUCCGCACUUCCAGGCUGUGGGGGUUGCUCAACAAAUUCCUCCGGUUCGACGACUGUCUUCCAUGUCAUCAGUAUAUAGCUUCUCACUUCUUUUCCCACUUUUUUUUUAUCAGGAUGAAGAUCAUCCGGGAGCAGGAGCUCGAUCCUAAUAAGCGAUACAUCUUCGGUUUCCACCCUCACGGGAUCAUCGUACUCUCGCGGAUCGCGAUUUUUGGCGGCAGCUUCGAAGAUGUUUUCCCAGGCAUCACGUACAGAAUUCUUGGAGCGUCUCCAAUGUUUUACAUCCCUCUCGGUCGUGAGUUGUGUUUAUGGAUGGGAGGGGUCGACGCCUCACGGUCUACGGGCGAGAAGGUGCUGAAAGAAGGAAGCAGUAUCGUUGUGUAUCCUGGUGGCGUGUCGGGAAUAUUCAAGACGAACCCCAACUCAAAGGAGGUAAGCAAUUUGCACGCAGAGAUCUAGUAUUUUGGGCCCGUAACGCGAAGUUGUUGCAUACUUUAAGACCCAAUUAGUGCUCAAGAAUCGCCUCGGGUUCGUCAAAUUGGCCAUGAAUCACGGAGCAGAUCUUGUGCCAACAUUCGUCUUCGGAGAGAAGUGGCUUUACAACAUGUGGAAUCCCCCUAAAGGGGUGAUAGAUUUCUUUCGCAAGACGCUUGGCAUCCCGGUGCUCGUCUUCUGGGGUAAGUUCUGGUGGAUGCCCAAGGCUCCUGAGAAAGGAAAACGCUAUGGAGUGGUGUACGGCAGACCAAUUACCACAAAGCUCAAUCCAAACCCGACAGAAGAGGAAAUUUGUGCAAUUCACAGUCAAUAUGUCGCCGAGAUCGAAAGGAUCUUUGGGCGGUACAAAUUGGAGUUCGGAUAUGAGGAGGAUGAAACGUUGGCCAUCGUUUAGUUUCCGAUGAAUGGCUGGCAAGCGAUUCAAUUGGAACAUUACGUCAUUCUAAAUGAUAAAUGUUGAAAGCUUUUGGUUCAUUUGGUCGUAAAAUGUGCAUAAGCUGUUCAAACGAUCAUCGCGAACCGAGAUUGCGUGGGGCAUCACGU